CUCAUUCAGGUCCGGACGUCCCUUGUUACUUUACUCACCCAUCCAACGAUUCUCUUACCAAAAAGUCCGUUGGCAAAAAAAUAAGGGGUCCUAUCCCAGAUCUCGACGACAUUUCUCUGACCGAACCGACCUUACUCUCCAAUUAACCAUCAUCACCUUCAUAUCACUCAAUCCAGUCCUAUCCAAUCCCUUUCGGUCUAGCUUAGCUUGUUCCUGUUGUUAUCACCGCGACGACGCCCUCUUGAUCGCUGUAGCUCGUUGCUCUUCCACCCAUAAUCAAUCGACGGUAACGAUUAACCGACGCAUUACCCAGAUCUGGGGCCCGUAGCAGACUCCAGAUCCGAUUUCCUCCUACGAUUAGUCUCGAAACGUCAUCAUCACGCAGCCUCGAGGUCACAUAACUCAGUCAUCAUGAGCGCAAAUCCUAGCAACGUUAUCCGCAGGAAGUUGGUCAUUAUCGGUGACGGUGCCUGCGGCAAGACCAGUUUGCUGAGCGUAUUUACGCUAGGUUACUUUCCUACACAUUAUAUCCCCACAGUCUUUGAGAACUACGUGACAGAUUGUAGAGUAGACGGCAAGUCCGUCCAGCUUGCUCUAUGGGAUACCGCUGGCCAAGAAGACUACGAACGAUUACGACCGCUCGCCUACUCAAAAGCCCAUGUCAUCUUGAUAGGAUUUUCCGUCGACACACCAGAUUCCCUUGACAACGUUAAGCACAAGUGGAUUGAGGAAGCCACCCGCCUGUGCACCGGUGUUCCCAUUAUUCUCGUUGGUCUUAAGAAAGAUCUUCGAGAGGAUCCCGUCGCGAUCGAAGAAAUGCGCAAGAAGUCGAUGCGUUUUGUGUCUGAACAUGAUGGAGAGGCAAUCGCCCGGGAAAUUGGCGCAAAGCGAUAUCUUGAAUGCUCCAGCUUGAGCGGCGAAGGCGUCGACGACGUAUUUGAGGCUGCCACUCGUGCUGCUCUGCUGACCUUUGAGAAGGGCGAGGGCGGCGGUUGCUGCGUUGUGCUGUAAAACCGUCAGCCAUGCGCCUCCGAACGAACCACCAUCCACGCCACUUGGAUGUGCUCACACACAAUACCAGGGACAACAUGCAGCUGUUCCUAGGUUUCAUCUUUAAGCGAUCGAUCACCACUUCGCCUCGGCCGCACUAUCAACAUAUGUUCAGACAUCUGGAGACGAGUGUAGAUUUUUGGAUCAUCAGGGAAUCAAUUUAGGAUAUAGAGGAUUUAUUGCUCGGCGCCCCAGGAGGACAACUUCCUUUCUUAUAUUCUACACUCGCUCACUCUCAAAACU